AUGGGAGAGGAGAAGGGCAUGACACAAAUGCUAAAGGGAUGCAGUCUCAGUGACAAGUUGUGUUUUAUCUCACACCAGCAGUAUGAAAUCAUCAUCAUCCCAGUCUUUCUGGUUGGUGGCUCCCUCAUCAUUCUUGGGGUCAUCCUGUGGCUUUUUAUCAGAGAAAAAAGAGCUCAACAGCAGACUACUGGACUCCAAGGCACUGCUCCUGUGCCUCCAGUUAGGGGCCAAAACGGGGAAGCAGGAGGACGUGAAGGAAGUGUAUUUGUGCCACUUAAGGAGACGUCGGUGGAAAGCCUUCUACAAACAUCCACAGAGGCCCUGGCUAAGCUGCAGAUACCUCGGGAACAACUCUCUGAAGUUCUGGAGUGGAUCUGCAAUGGGAAUUGUGGGGCCAUCUAUCGAACCAAGAUGUACCCUGGGGACCCAGCAAAGUCCAAGGACGUUGUCCUCAAGGUUUUAAAAGAACCAGCUAGGCUCCGUGAGAUUCAGGAUUUCUUAGGACGAAUCCAAUUCUAUCAGUUCCUGGGGAAGCACCAAAACCUGGUACAACUGGAAGGCUGCUGCACAGAAGGAGAGCCUCUCUAUAUGGUUUUGGAGGAUGUCGCCCAGGGGGACCUGCUCAGCUUUCUCUGGACCUGUCGCCGGGAUGUGAUGACCAUGGAUGGCCUUCUCUAUGAUCUCACUGAAAAACAAGUGUAUCACAUUGGGAAGCAGGUUCUCUUGGCUUUGGAAUUUCUUCAGGAUAAACAUCUGUUCCAUGGGGAUGUGGCAGCCAGAAAUAUUCUGAUCCAAUGCGACCUUACCGCUAAGCUCUGUGGACUGGGCCUGGCUUAUGAAGUCCACACCCAAGGGACUAUCACCUCUACUAACACCGUGCCCCUCAAGUGGCUUGCCCCAGAACGGCUACUGCUGAGACCAGCUGGCAUCAGAGGAGACAUCUGGUCCUUUGGUAUCCUGCUUUAUGAGAUGGUGACUCUAGGGGCACCACCGUAUCCUGAAGUCCCUCCUGCCAGCAUUUUACAGCAUCUGCAAAGAGGGAAGACCAUGAAGAGACCCAGUAGCUGCACGCAAACCAUGUAUAAUCUUAUGAAAUCCUGUUGGCGCUGGAAAGAGGACAACCGCCCUUCACUUAGAGAAUUAUGCUCACGCCUAGAAACUGCCUCUCGAACUGCAGAUGACAAAGCUGUGUUGCAGGUACCAGAGCUGGUGGUGCCUAAACUGUAUGCAGCUGUGGCAGGCAUCAGUGUAACGAGCCUCUCCUACAUCUACAGCAUCCUUUGA